AUGGCAUCCGCACAGCAGAGCGGCUCCAACGCCAAUGGCACCACUCGCGCCAACCGGUCCUCUGACUUCACCGUCAAGGCCGGUCUGGCCCAGAUGCUGAAGGGCGGUGUGAUUAUGGACGUCGUCAACGCGGAGCAGGCCCGAAUCGCAGAAGAAGCCGGUGCCGCCGCCGUCAUGGCCCUCGAACGUGUCCCCGCCGAUAUCAGAGCCCAUGGAGGCGUUGCUCGCAUGUCCGACCCGGCUAUGAUCAAAGAGAUCAUGAAUGCCGUCACCAUUCCCGUCAUGGCCAAGGCGCGUAUCGGCCACUUUGUGGAAUGCCAGAUCCUCGAAGCCAUCGGAGUCGACUACAUCGACGAAUCCGAAGUCCUCACCCCGGCUGACGACCGCUACCACGUCAAGAAGUCGGACUUCAAGGUCCCGUUCGUCUGCGGCUGCCGCAACCUGGGCGAAGCCCUGCGCCGCAUCGCCGAAGGCGCCGCCAUGAUCCGGACAAAAGGCGAGGCCGGCACGGGCGACGUCGUCGAGGCCGUCAAGCACAUGCGCACCGUCAACGAGGAGAUCGCGCGCGCGCGGGGCAUCCUGCUCUCGUCGCCGGACCCGGAGACCGAGCUGCGCGCGUACGCCCGCGAGCUGGGCUGCUCGUACGAGCUGCUGCGCGAAACGGCCGAGAAAGGCCGCCUGCCCGUCGUCAACUUCGCUGCGGGUGGUGUUGCCACGCCCGCCGACGCCGCGCUCAUGAUGCAGUUGGGCUGCGACGGCGUCUUCGUCGGCUCCGGCAUCUUCAAGUCCGGAGAUGCCCGCAAGCGCGCCAAGGCCAUCGUCCAGGCUGUCACGCACUACAAGGACCCGGCCGUCCUGGCGCAGGUCAGCGAGGGGCUGGGCGAGGCCAUGGUUGGCAUUAAUGUGUCGCAGAUGGGUGAUGGCGAUAAGUUGGCGAAGCGGGGGUGGUAA